AAAGAACAAAGGAAUUUUAAACAUCGGGUUACCGUUUAUUUCAUGUCUAGCAGUUACUUAUGUUGUCAACUCUUUUGUCUUUUCACAACUGUAAAAAAUCAAUUUUCUUUAAAAUGUUAACGGUAACAACUCCAGUUACUUCACGUAUCUUUCGGUGCGGACAAGUGGACGAUAUCAUAUAUACAAGUUUAAUUAAAUAUUAUGUAACUAGCCCAAUAAUUAGUAUCUACUUAGUAAAUAGUUUAAUAGUGCCAACGUUAUCAUAAUUGUUAAGAAAUGACCCGUUGACACUGUCUUGUAAUGCAGAAGUAUUAUCGCAUGAAAGUCCGAGGGUAGUUAAACUAAUUAUUGAUAGUAUUAAUUACUGCCUGAUACGCGACAGUUCAAGAUGAAGCAAAUACAAUUAGCAUUUAUUUAUUUUAUAUUUUAUUUACAAAACUUGUGGAUUAUAAAUGCUUAUAGGACAUUUGAUGUGGACGGUGAAGAAACGAUAUUGGCAUUUGAAAAUGAGAAAAUUAAAAUUCAGUGCAAAUCAGAUUUUCCCAUGAUUUAUUGCGGCUUUGUGAAUCCGCGGGGAGCAAGGUUUUCAUUUACAGAUCUAGGCGUACAUGCAGGCAGAUGCGUUCAUGAGAUCAAAGCAAAGAAAACAGACAGUGGUGAGUGGAAAUGUCACAUUGGGAGGAAAACUGAACGAUUGGAAACUAUAAAGAGGAUUCAAGUAAGAGUUGUGAAGCAGUUAGCAGCAGUAAAGCCCAAUAUAACUACGAAGUAUGGGAAGAGUAUAACAUUGUCUUGCGCGACUACGGGUGGUUUUAUUCCUCUGAGCUAUUGCCGAUUUGAACCGCCGAAUGGCAAAUCCUUUAGCAUAGAUCCAACAGUUACUGAAGCAAAUCCAAUCCUAGGUAAAUACUAUUUCCCGUCCAAUAGUAGUCUCGAUAGAGGUGAUUGCUGUGUAACGAUUCGUAAAGUGAAAGCUGAAGAUGUUGGCUUGUGGACGUGCGGCGCUGGUAUGGACGACGGGAAUGAACAUACUGACAUCAUCAGAGUGGAAAUUGAAGGAAUGUACGCAAUGUCCACGGCUUCUGCCACGGGUGUGACUAUAGGAGGAAUCAUAAUAGCGGCCACGAUGGGCUUGCUCGGAUACAUAGCGUGGAAGAAAUGGCGGUUGCUAGGGGUUACGCAACAGGAACCAGAGGCAAUGGAGAUGGAGCAUAGAGCUGAAACACCAUCGCCAAGACCUUUCAGAGCUGUGCCUAGUGUUGUAGUACAAUCUCCAUCUACGCCUGGUUCGUCUCCUUUAAUGUCGAGUACAAGGUCAUAGGUACCUAUUUACAGGUUAUGUCAAAUGUGUUUCAACUAAGAAUAGGAAUAUUGCGCCUGAACGUACUUAAAUAACGUUUUAAAAAAUACGAUUUACCUAGGUUACUUAUAAAUCCAACUUGCAUAUUUAACCGUUUAUUUAAUUUUGCGUAACCUUGAAUUCAUCAAAUUUAAAUUGUAACUCGACUGUAACAAUAGUGUUUAAAUUAGUAUAUUAUUCAUUAGUAUACAUUUACAAUUAUUACCUCAAUAUGGCAAAUGGCAAUAUGGUGAUCCUAUUCAUAGUUGAAUUGCAUAAGUAGUAGUUUCCUAAUAAUUCUCUACAUAGUUUGAUAAAAAAUGAAUUAUUGUAAUUGCGCCUUGUCUUACGAUUUAGUUUUGUAAAUAUUUGAUUUGAAAUGCUUAGAUAAUAGAGUAGAUGUCACCGUUAAUUGUAAGCAAUAGUUGACUAAUGUGUUAUAUGUAUUUUUAAGUACCUACCUACCAUUAAAAUAGUUAUAAUAUA